UCCUUUAGCCGAAAGGAUGGUGAACAUUUCUCGCGAACGGGUCGGAUUCGUACUUGUUUUGAACUAAGGUGGAAAAAAGGUGAAAGAAACGGUGUGAUUUAAUCCCUUUCGUGGGAAGCAAGCCGAACAGAAAGAUACGGAUAAAACAAAACUUCGGAAUGUGGUUUAGGUCUAGUGCCUGUGGAAGCAGUCAAAUGUCUCUCUGUCGUGUGAAGCGAUUAGUUUGAAGUGAAGUUUUCCCGAGUUUUUCUUCCGUUUUCACGUCGUGUCAAAAAAAAAACGAGCAACAAUAUUGCUUCGCCCGAGUGCUUGCCUGAGCCAGAGUGUAAAAUAAACCUUGUCGCGAAGGAAGACAGUGUGGUUUUUGUGAAUGAAAAAAUAUAAUUUUGACCCAGGUUUGGUGCAGAAUCGGUGGAAUUACUUUCUACCAGCAGCUGGUUCCAUCCUCCCCGGCUGAUUUAUUUUUCGCCUCAUCAUCGCAGGACGACACGAAUGACGACAUCGAGCGCGGUCGUCCCGUUGAAGGAUAGGAAAUUCCUUUCCGAAGGUUUUGUCUUCGUAGCCAGAGCGAGCGCCAAAGCACAUAAGAACAUCUUCAUCGAAGACAAAUCUCGGAAGCAAUCUCCCCGCAGCGCCAACUAACCCGAUCCCACUUCACCGUUGUUUUGAUGCGCGUUGUUAGGACACAGCUGGGACGCGCUAGUGGUAGUGAGCUGCAAGGGGUGUAGUGCAACGAGGUGUGAUGAAACUUUCCUCCCAUAAUAACAUGGAAAACAUUUUGAUGAUCUGACUUCAAAAAAAGUUUUGUCUACUGUCGUUUCUCUUCCAUACCGAGGAGCCAGGAUAAGCGAGGAGCGAAUUCUUUGCGUCGUGGCGAAAGCGUAGUCAAAGUCGGUGGAAAACUGAGACUCAAAGAAGAGAGAUAGGAAGCAAGCUCCUAGUUUCAUUGUCAUCUUUUUCGGGCGGCAACAUGAGCAGAGAUGCAAACAAAAAAAAUGGAACACAUCUAGCCGAAAAUGCUGUCUUCAGUAGAUGAAGAGAAGAUUAGUGUCGAGGAAGUGCGAGGCGAUGCGCCGAGUGGAAGAGAAAAAUUGCGUUUUUUGCGGGCACUCCGGAACGCUUUUUUCCGGCGAUAGCUUUCCUAGCAAAGAAAAUUGACCCAAUCCAGCCGUCGAGCUAUUGCUCAACCGCGUUCGUCUAACCAUAUGUGUGUGCAUGAUCCUGGGUGUGUGUUCGGAAGCGGCUGGUGAAAACACACCAAAACGAAUGAGAACGGGGGAAAAAUUUACAUAAAUAUUUUACGAUUCACAGCCCACUGAAAAGUUCAAGCGGUUUCGAGGGCCAGGAAAAAAAGAACGGAAUAUUUUCCGGCUGAAGGAAAAUUGUAUGCGUUCUCGCAGGCGAAUGAGGAAAAAGUUAUAUUCAAUUUAGUCGGAAUUUGAAGUUAAUUGAGUGUUACAAGGCCGCCGUUGUGAGGCAGGGCGCGAGGCAGGAGCACAAGCAAGUGUUAGCUGAAAAUGCUGUAAAUAUCCAUUGUGUGUGUGUAGCAUAGUGUAGUAGCGUUAGAUUUUGUUCCGUGCGAGGUUUGUAAUUGAUAUUUCACAGAAAAGUGGGCUCGUGCGAAAGUGAACGGGGAACAAAUUUGCGUUUUUUUUUCUCCAAUCGCUUUACGUCGUGCUAUGAAUUGGUCGCAACAAAAAAGACGGCGCAAAUUUUAGCGAUGUCCCAGCAGCAGCAGCCCAACAAACUAAGCAUGGAUUACGUUAGCCUCAGUUGCUGUGCCCUGGCAUUUGGCCUGUACGUCAACACGCUCAGCGCUGGAUUCGUAUACGAUGACAGGCGAGCGAUCCUGGGUAAUCCCGACGUCCUGAGCUCGACCGGCUGGUACCAGAUGCUGCACAAUGACUUCUGGGGUACACCGCUGUCCGAGCCCGGCUCGCACGGUUCCUACCGACCGCUGUGUGUGGCCAGCUUCAAAAUUAACUACCUGCUCGAUGGCUUCAAACCGCUCGGGUAUCAUCUGGUCAAUGUGCUGCUGCACUGCCUGGCAACGGUGCUCGUCGUCAAGCUGAGCCGGCAUAUUAUCCCCUCGCGGUACGGUGCGGCCAUAUCGGGGCUUCUGUUCGCGGCCCAUCCGAUCCACACGGAAGCCGUGGCCGGUGUGGUCGGGCGGGCGGACCUGACCGCCUGCGUAUUCUAUCUGCUCGCACUGCUCGCCUACAUCCGGCACAUCCAGUGGCGUCAGUGCAGCGACUUGCGUCACUGGCUGGCGCUCGGUCUCACGAUACUGCUCGCAGCCGCCGCCGUCCUAUGCAAAGAAACUGCCGUGACAGCUUUAGUGGUUUGUGCAAUUUAUGACAUCAUAAAAGGAUACGCCGGUUGCAGAGAUAAGCAACGGUUCCGGAGCGUGUGCAUCAUAACCGUGGCCCUAUGUACCAUGUUACAUGUGCGCCUUUCGCUGCCCCGACCGGCGGUGCUUUUCUCCGCGGCUGACAACCCAACCGCCAAAAUUGGUUCCAGUUGGACCCGGUUUCUGACGUUCACCUAUUUGCCCGCAUUCAACUUCCGGUUGCUAAUCUACCCGGACGUGUUGAGUUUUGACUGGGGCAUGGAUGCCAUCCCCCGGAUAAGCAGCCUGUUCGAUGGGAAGAAUGUGUUCUCGGUGAUGUUCUACGGUGCUUUGACGACGGCCGUUUGGAUCCACGGGCAGACACUGUUGAGACAGAGUCUGCCCAAUGUAAAUAGUAGCUUCAAUAGAAAACUAGCUAGCAAACUUGCGAUGGCCCGAGCUAGCCACGAGGGCGACGUCGAGGAUUCGUGCGGCUCCUGCAAGCACGAGUUCGGUCUGGGCCACAGCGGCCAGUGCCGAGCCCUGAACAACAACAACAGUAUGUCUUCGGUCAUUUGUGGAUGCGUGUAUCCGUCGUGUAAAUAUGUGUCACUAUCGCCUUCAACUUUAUCCAAUUAUUUUCACCGGAUGGAUGACCAAAAGAUUACCAGCUCAGCCACCAGCCAUGGCACAGGGUACUGGCCCAAGCGGCACUGCUGGAACCGUGACAAACACGACGCCAGUGGCUUUAGCAGUGACCACCUGCCAUUUAUCCUGUCCACGGAUACGUCCUCUCGGACGUCAUCAUCAUUCUCGUCGUCUUCAUCGUCAUCAACCUCGUCGGCAUCUUCCGUGUCGUCGCUGUCAUGCGACGAUUCAACGGCCAAAUUCAAUUCCUCGGCGGCAAUCCUUAUCUCCAUCUCCCUACUUACCCUUCCAUUUCUCCCAGCGACCAACCUCCUGUUCUACGUCGGCUUCGUAGUGGCCGAGCGUAUUCUCUACCUCCCCAGUGUUGGCUACUGCCUUCUGAUUGGUUUGAGUGUGAGUAAACUUAUCGACGGAACCGGUGGCAGUUCCGUCCAUUCACGUAGCAGUAGUUCCCGUGCAAGUGGAAGUGGCUUUCGAGCGAAGAGCAGCAAAAGUUCCAACAGUGAUGGUGAUAGAUAUAAGUACCGUGCCAAUGGCAGCAGCAUCACAACCACCACUGCCUCCUCCCACGCUAGCGCCGGUGAGGGUCACAGUGUAAAGCAUCUCAAAAGCUAUUGUGCUCCCUUUCCCGGAAUCAUUUUUUCAGCGCGAAAAAGUGCCAAAAGUCACUGCGGGUCGGAUAGGAGAAACCGUCGGGGGGCUAAUGGGAUGGGUGAUGGUGGCGGUGACAGCAGUGCUAGAGAUUACCAACAGCGUAAGCGACAAAUCAUAUUGCUGUGCUUCGGUGCGCUGCUACUGGUGUACAGUGGAAAAACUCUGCUGCGCAAUCUGGACUGGCAGGAUGAGGAAAGCCUGUUCCGAAGUGCGAUCGGCGUCAACCCACCGAAAGCACUUGGAAACUUAGGAAGUGUCCUUAGCGCGCAGGGCCGCCAUCAGGAGGCGAAGGAGGCUCUGAAAGCGGCACUUAGCUACCGCCCCAACAUGGCGGAUGUACAUUACAAUCUAGGAAUUUUACUACAAAAUCAACAAGACUACGCCGAGGCUGUGGAAAGCUUUCGCAAGGCGAUUCAGUUUCGACCAUCGCUGGCACUGGCCUAUCUUAACCUGGGCACGUCGCUAAUAGCCCUCGGCCGCUGCCAAGAGGCCGCCAGUGUGCUUCGCGAGGGCUCCAAGCUGGAUGGUGCUGGACUGCGCGAUCGGGCAGCACAUGACAAUGCCCGGAUCAGUGCACUGUUGCAGCUGGGAAAUCUCUAUGCGGACCAAGGCAAGCUGCAGCGAGCACUGGCCGUUUACCGAGAGGCAUUGCACAUACUGCCCGAUCGAUACCCACCCCAGGGCAUCUAUCAUCGACUGGGCGAGGUCUUUGCCCGGCUCAACCAGUGGUCCGAAGCGGAGCGAUUCCAGCGGGCAGCACUCGAGGCCCAGCCGGAUCAUAUAGCGGCUCAUCUAUCGUACGGAUCGAUGCUGGCGAGAAAUAGCAGCCGAACGUCGGAAGCGGAGCAGUGGUUUAGGCGGGCACUCCGUUUGGCGCCUGCCGAUGCCAGUGUUCACCAUCAUUAUGCCGAAUUUUUAGCGUCGGUCCGACGCACAGCGGAGGCUGGCCAGUACCGAGUCAGAGCGGCCGAGCUGGCCCCAGAGGACUACGCUCUGGUAAUGGCCGCAGCAUCGGCACUUCGUCUGCUCGACCGAAAGGUCGAAGCGGAAAAAUGGUACCGACAGGCUGUCACACUUCGACCGGAAGAGGCACGCGCCCACACGAACCUGGGCGCCAUUCUCCACCUCCUCGGUCGCUCCCAGGAGGCUGCGAUAAGCUACAAGGAAGCCCUCCGGUUACAACCGAACGAUCUGACGACGCUGACCAAUCUGGCGAAGCUGGGAAUUGCGGAAAUAUCCUGAAACACGUCCCGGCCUCCAUCGCGCCCACGUCCCGACGAUGGUGACGAUCUGAGCUAGCUCAGUAGUGAAGGAGUGGCUUAAGGCACAACCAAGGCGAUUUGUCGGGGGAUUAGUGUAACUUCAUUUGAUUGGUUUACCAAAGAUGAGAGGGGAACUAGACCGAUUUGGAUACAAUAAUACUGCUGUAAAUAAUAAUCGAUACCUGUGAAAUGAAAAUAAUAAACUUGAAAGGAUCAUAGCUAGUACAAGUUUGAACCAACAGAGAACAGAUUUUCUACCGGAGCAAAAGAUUAUAACCCUGUCAGGGGCCAGGGACUAAUUAAAAAGAAAAAUCAGACUUAAGAAGUAAAUACAACAAGAGGUGACAAAUUAGCUAGCCUAAGCAACUGUAUCAUAUAUAUCUAGUGACUACUGGGGAGAAUAUUAGAGUAAAUUUAUAGGACAAAUAAUAGUAAGUGGAUGGCUUUUAGGGGGCUGACUUUGUUAAGUUUCGAAGAAUUGGAUGGAUUUGUUCUCGUAGAAUUAUUGGAUUCUGAUCUAUUUAGGUACACAUCGAUGGAAUGGAAGGGAUAAAGUGAAUGGAUUAUUUAUUUACUUCCAGCAACUUCGCCUGUGGCGUCGUAAGGGGGGAAGCUGUUUGCUUAUGUUCAACACCCACUUAAAAUAGGCCAGGGGCGAUAGACAAAUACAAUUUAAAAUUAAUUAAAGUAUGUAUAACUGUUACUAGUGAGGGUGAAAAAGAGAGCAAAAUAGAAAGAGCUGAUGUACAUGAACGGAAAACUUAUCGAGCAAAGAGGCUAGCGUAAACGCGAUUGUGUUCUCAUCAUCGGUUGGAUGAUGCGAAUGGUUAUGCAUGAGUAUAAGCGUAAUAGAGGAAAACUGAAGAACACAUUAUAUUUAAAUUACUUCGAUUAUGUAGCGAAUAAACACAAACAUCAGUCGAGGUCGUGUGCAUGAAUAGAACGCAUUCAAUAAAUGCAGCCAGUUUAUUAUCAGACACACACAAACACACGUACAUGUAUACACACACAGAGAGAACAAAAGAUAAAAAACGACCGCUCUGGUCCAAAGUUGGAUGAACAAAAACCAACCAACGAAAAAUGUGUAUAUUGGGGAAAAAAAAUAAAGUUCGCUUUUCAUGAGGCUGAACAAUUUCUGAAUAAAAAAA